CUUAUCUCAGCUCGCAAGGCAGCCAGGAUUAUGGCCUAUAAAAUGCUUCAAGUAGCCCUGUGUUCGACAUUGCUUAUAGGAGCCUUGGGAGCGCCAUUUUUGUUGGAGGACCCAGCAAACCAGUUCCUACAUCUCAAAAGACAUAUAUAUUUGCAGGAUUACUGGGACCCAGAUCGGAAUCCUAAUACGUGGGGCAACAUGCUGACUGAUCAGGUUCAUGAAACGUGGACUACUCUGAAAACAACAGCACAGUAUUAUUUGAAUGUGAAUACCUUUAUUUCUGACAUAUCCACUGCCCAGUAAAUGUGCUUUGAUGGUUAAACCAGGAGAGCAAAAAGAGCGGGAGUCAACAUGGCAAUGGACUCAAAACGUGGGCUUUGGAGACCUGGAGGCACAUCCAUGCCACUUAUAAGAUUAUUUAAUAUGUCUGUCUCGUGGAGCUGUUUAAAGAAGUAAAUAUGAAAACCCAAGUGGAGACUUAGAAUUGGAAGUUCUCUAUAAAUUGUAGCUCUUAAAAUGAGAACUAAAAUAACAACAAAAGGGCUUUUAUGGACAAGGAAGUCAAAAAA